UGGCCGUGCUGGGGAGGAAAUACAAGUUUAUUUUUCUUCUGCUUGUGGCAGGCCUCCAUAAGCAAAGGGCUCCCCUGAGGUCUCAGACCUGAAAUAAUGUGAAUUGUAACAAAGAAAUAAGGAAGGAUCAACCUGGCAGCUGCCACUUCUGUGUCAAGGGCGCAUUGUUUUCCAAGCUGUUGUUCUUUGUUUUCACUUGACUCCGAGUGAACUGAUUUCUGCCCACACCCAAAAGGAACAAUGCGGGUGUUUGAGACCACUGCUGACCCCGCAUUGCCUCGAGACUGGAUAAACACAUUGCAGAGUGCAGGGUCAGUAGCUAUAGGUGGGCUAUUGUGGGUUAAGAGGGAUUGCAGUCUGUUGACAGCAGCUGGAAUGCUCUUAGUUAUGAAAUUGUCAUAAAUCAAUACAGCAUCUUUGGAGGAUGUGGAAACUGACCCUAUGGCUUACCUUGUUUUCAGUGAGCUUGAGGGCUGCACUACUGAAAUGCUGCUGGAAAGGAAACUCAGCCGGGUUUUAAAUGGGUCAGGAUGAUGCAUGGCUGUUUGCUCUUCUUAUAAACUCUUCCUCGCAUUCCUGGUUCAGAGACUCAAAAUAAACAAGGAGAGUCCAUGCUUUCAUGCUGGCUGCUCUGAUCCUUGCAGCCCUGUUUAUGAAAAGUAUUUAGCUGCACAUUGAAUCUUCCAGUACCUGAAAUUUUAAACCCAGAAGAGUCUCAUCCAACUGGACUUGUCUGGUGUGGAGAAGAGGAGGCUCCGUGCAGCUCCCUGAGGAGGGGAGGCAGACAGAGGUGCCCGGCUCUGCUGCUGGGAACUGGUGGCAGGAAAGGAAGGGCACAGAGCUGUGCCAGGGGAGGCUCAGAUUGGACAUUAGGAAACAUUUCUUUACCAUGAGGAUGGUCAAACACUGGGACAGGUGGCUGAUGCUCCAUGCAUCCCUACUUCGUCCUGCCUGAUGAGCUUGUUUGUGGGGUGUUUCACUGGUAUUCUUUGUUCCAUAUCUACACAAACAGUGAAAAAAAAAAAACCCAAGACAGACCACAGCAGUGUGUGGGCAGCAGGCCCUUCCCUCCAUGCAUGGGAGAUCCAAUGCUCAUUUGGGUGUCCGGGCAUCCAGGUACUGAGAGUCCUCCCAGACAAGCGGGGACUGAGUCAUUGACAGCCAGCACUGAGAAAAGGAUAAAAUUAGCUUAGUUCUUAGCAGAGCUGUUUGGCUAAUAAUUCACACAGUGGGGUAUUUUUGCCUAACACUGGAUGCAGCUAUCGAGAGACGUAUGGCCCAGCAGCUCAUCUGCAUGUAAACAUCACAUGGCUAAAAUUAAUUGCUUUGUCCGAGCUCAAAGAAACCAUUUGAUUCUGCAGAAACAAGAAUUCCUCCACAGGGACGAGCAUGUGCCCAAGACACAGAGCAGCAGAGCUGUGUGCUCUUCACUGCCACCCAUGCCCCCAGCACCCUCCUCCCUCCCUUGCUGAGUGCCUUUGGGCUGACAUCACGUUGUGGGUGGGAACUGCUCCAGCACAGCCCCACAAGCAGCCGCUCCCCCAGCCCUCCUGCCCCACUGUGGACUCCUCUCCAUGGGCUGCAUCUCUGACCCGGGGCUGCUCCUGGAGGGGUAUCCAUGUGCUGUGCCUCCUCCAGGCCUCAUCCAUUGCUGCACAGUGGGCUCCUCCAUGGCUGCACGUGGAGAUGUGUUUCACGUGGUGCCUGUGGGCCGCAGGGGGAUGGCAUGUCCCUCUGUGGGCCUCUCCUGGGCGCUUAGGAAGGGCCUAGUUCAGGUUCUCACCCUGUGCCUUUUCUUGCGGGGAAUUCUUGCUGACUCAUGGACUUUCCUCUGUUGAGAAUAGUUACAAGGUCUCUUCCUCAUUGCAAAGCCAUUGGCAGCUGUCAUGUCACACUUCAAGAAGCAAAGGCAGACAGUAGUGCAGGAGCUGUGAUUGAGCACAGAGGCAAACAGCGAAAGAAUCAGUGGGGUGGGAGGCAGCUGGGAGGAAUCUGAGAGCUGGGAUGACUCUGUGAGCGUGCAGAAAAGCAGCAGCACAAGGGUUUCACAGCAGCACAAGGGUUUUAUGGCACCACAGCAGUGCAGAGGGCAUGAUGGUGAGCCAGCCCUUUGAGAUGUCCUCAUCAGAAAGCAGCCCCAUGCUGGCUUACCAGCUGAGUCACAGCCAGGCCAGACCUCUGUUCUUUUCCCAAUCAAGGAAACAGAGACUUCCCACCAUCUUCUUUUAAGGCUGCUGUUUGGAUGCUGAGCAUUCCUGCACUGGGGUGCCACUGCUGACAGUUCCCUGCAACAUCACCAGGCCAGUGGGAGGCUCAGUCCUUGAAAGCACACACAUCCCAAGGGAGGAAAUGUUCUGUGGCCGUGCAAGCCAUGUCCUGGAUGGCAAGAGACAGGUUCUUACAGGAAGGGUGGCAAGGGGAAAAUUCCAGCUCAGACAUUUCCAUUUGGGCACAAAUCUCUGCUCAGCUUGAGGACAUGCUGGUGUACUGCUCACAGUCCCACAUGGCUUUAAAAGCAGAGAUCACAUGCAGUGUUUCUGUACCUGAGGGUGGGCAGAAGAUGAUACAGCGCAAGAGCCAGGGAUUCAGGGAAGGAAGUUGUCUUGUCUAAGUUCCCACCCUGAAAAAAAAAACAGUGGAAAGCAACAAUUAAAUCUAAAAAUAAUGUUACAAAUGGAAGAAAUGAGGAAGAGAUGGCAAAAAGUAUACAUGAGAAGCUUUAAAGAACAAAAAUAUGACACGGGAGAGAGGGGGAUAAAUCCCUGCCUUGGCAAGACCAAGAGGGGCUUUUUGAAAUCCAUUAGGAACGUAAGAAAUCUUCACAAUGUCAAAGGCCAGGAAGUAGAUGAGAAAAGCAUUAAUAAGUCUCCAAACAGGCACAAGGUUUAGGUAAAUGUCUCUGUUCUCUAUUAGGAAGUGAUGCAUUCUGCAGUCCUUUGGUAAUCUCAGAGAAGGACCAACAUUUAAGAUCAACACAUAUUUGCCAAAGUACCAGCAUCCUGGAGCACUGAGAUAGCCAGAGAAUAUUGGUCUCCUGGUGUGAACGUUCAAAACAUCUCUGGAUACGGGGAAGCUCCAGAGAACAGAAGCCCAAGGAUUGUGGGGAGCUGUUGUUCUUCAGGAGGAGUUUGAGUUCAGUCAUAAAGAGGCCCUGUAAAUGUAACAGAUGGAGAGUUCAUGACAUGUUUGAUCGGUAGUGUCAUUAUGAUUGCAAAACAGGCACUUUGCUGUAGGAGCUGCACCCCUUUGUGUGUGUCAGACCCAGAGACACCUCCAAAAGCAGCCACUGAACUGGGAUUUCUAACAGCACCCCAGAGGAAGUAACAUGCUGGUCUCUGUAUUCUGCAUUUAGAGUGAUCUACAAGUAAAUACAACAUCGCAGUAAGAAUAUGUACAGGUACCAUCAAUACUUUGGGGUCAUGACUAACAGACUGUGCCAGCAACACCAGAAGGGACUUUUCUUUUCAAGCCAGAUGCAUUUAACACAAGUAAAGGUGUUCAUUCAUCUUGGAUCAAAGAAUAUAUGAUCUUUUUUUAACCAGGAAAGCAACAGCCCUGGAAAGACUUUAAGAAUCAGCAAGACUUGCAUCUGCAUUGGAGUGCCCAGUGCAGUGGUGUGGGGAAGAAAGCCAGUGUGAUUCUUGGGUAUAUCAACAGCUGCAUUGAAAGCUGGGGUGGGGAGGGAAGGGAUCUUACAUCUCCAGCUCACCUCAUUGGGGUUGAUGGUGAGAGAGUUCUCAUACUUCUGAUGUUGAUAAGUUAGAAGGAGAGCCUGCCUCAUGCAGAGAUAGUUACAAGACUAGCUUACAAAGUGUAAAUACCUGGUGAGAAAAUGGGCUUUCACAUUAUGCACUGCAGAUACCCAUGGUUGGGUAGAAAGACAAAUAAGCUGAAAUUAAAAGUAAACAAAGUGCCAUUUUGAACUGCGAGGAUAAUGAAUCACUUCAGGAAAUCAUUAAGGGAAGUGGUGAAUUUUCCUGCUUUUCAUGUUACCCAUGCAAUUCAGAAUCUCUCCCUAAGAGUUGCAACAGCCAAAUUGCUCAGCAGAGGAAUAACCAGGGGCGCGUCCAUGGUGGCACGAGAUGCACCAAGAGGUACAAGGCUCAGUGUUCCACAGGAAGACAGCAGUCUUUGGUCAUGAGCUGGUCUGAUUAGAGCAGGCAUAGGAAGGUGAAAGACUUGGGAUUUUGUUGUUGCUUUUAUUUAUUUAUUUACUUAUUUAUUUAUUUCCCUCAUCUGAUGGUGCUUUGGUUCACAAUCAUGGAAACAGGGCCUGGAAUGCAGAAAUUCCCACUUACAGACAAGUGGCUAUACCAUGGAUUUUUAUUGGUGCUCCCUUCUCUAUACAAGCUCUCAUGAAUGAAUCGUUCAUUCUUUCCAAGAGAUGCUAUGAGAGGAGACCCUCCCAAGGCUCCAUCCCUCUCUCUGUGCAGUGAAACCCCAAGGCAGGGCUCUGCUGCUGUGGCUGUCCCAACAAUUCAGGCAGGCUCGUGCUCCUCAUCCCAGAAGACCAUGAGAAGGCAGAGGGCCCAUGUGAGGACCUUCACCAGCGCAAGAAAAGGAGAAAGCCAUGCCGGGUUGCCCAGGACCUUCUCUGAGCAUCCCUGCUUGAGCAGGGGUUGGACCAGAUGGGCCCAGAGGUCCCUGCCAACCACAGCCAUUCUAUGAUUCUGUAAACAUACAGAGUUUGGGCCAGUCUUGAACACGUUUGGAGUUAGUUCAGAUCUAAGAAGUUUAGCAUCCUGCUCAUGCCGAGGCCUAACAGAAGCGAGAUAUAUUCCCCAGUUCAGUGUGCAGAGAGCUUUCAUCCAAUAAUUACUGAGAAGUCUCUAAUAAUUAGCAAUCAAUCAAUCAUUUAGAGACCUUUAAAAUCAAAAGUUGUGGACCUGUGAAAGUUCAGUGCCGUUGUAGCAAGACUGAGGUGGGAUCUGUGGCAGUCUGGACUCGGGCACAUUAACUCCUCCAGAAUCUCUUGUUCUGUACCCAUGUCUUCUAAGGAAGACUUUGUCCAUCAAAUGUGCCCAUAGCUAUUUUUACCUCACAUCUAUACUCACAAACUGGGAAGAAGCACCUCAGGGUUCAGGGAACAAUGUUGGCCAAAGACACUACGGCUUUCCUUUAUUCAAAGAUCAGAGCAGUCAAAUUAGUGUAACAGUUACUUCUGAUUUAAGGCUCACAGGUAGAUAUUCAUACAUCUACAAAUACCAUCCACCAUCAGAGGAGGAUGCGCUGAUUUCAGGUUGCUGUGAUCCAGUCUGCAGCAGACACUGCUGAACUCCUCAGAGGUGGCAAUGGACGGCUGGAAGCAGACACAAACCAAAGAGGUGACACAGUUUCUCUGUACUGCUGGGCCCACUUCUUCCAAGGGCUUCCUCUGAAGGCUCCGAAGGGUGUGCUCUGCCGUUAGGUGCUGGGGCUCCUUGCAUAGCAGCAUCUUCAGAGACCUCUCGUGGGCUCUCUUUGAAGUUGCACGCUGUGUGAGGGGCUGCCCAGGAAGAAGUUUCCUUUGUAGACGUGACAUCACAUACCCUCGUGUGAUCCACCGAAGCCUGCUAAGCUGGAAGCAACAGCAAACACAAGAGAUAAACUGUAUUUGAACUCUGAGAGAUGUGCUCUCGCGCUAUGGCUUUUUCACAGACAGCAAUGAAUAUACCCCACAUUAAGGGCAUCAGCUGGGGGGAGCUGCUAGCUGGGAGACAGGCCCAGACCCAUCUGUGACAGAGGCCCUGACAGCAGCUUGUCUGCAUGGGGAGGUGGCUGGAGCUCACAGGAAGGCUGAGGAAGGCACGAGGGGAUCGGCCAGGCACAGCCUGGACGGCCAAAGCUUGAGGACAGCAGGGCAGGGAGCAGCUCACACCGGAAGCCCAGCCGCGCUGCAUGGGAGGUGGGAGAAAGCCGCCAUCGCUACUCAGGAAGCAACAACGCUUACUUCCGCCUCGGUAGCGAACAUGGCGGACGCGCUUCCGCAGUGACGUAAGAAGUCCUUCCGGUCUCCAUCUCUAUGUAACUAAAAUGACGACAGCAGCAAGGCCAACGUUUGAGCCUGCCAGAGGAGGAAGAGGAAAAGGUGAAGGAGACUUAAGUCAGCUAUCCAAGCAGUAUUCCAGCAGAGACCUUCCCUCUCAUACUAAAAUCAAAUACAGACAGGCCACUCAGGAUGCUCCUGAAGAGGUGCGUAACCGUGACUUCAGAAGGGAGCUAGAGGAGAGAGAGCGGGUUGCUGCGAGGGAAAAGAACAGAGACAGACCAACCAGAGAACAUACAACGUCAUCUUCUGUGUCUAAGAAGCCUCGGCUGGACCAGAUCCCUGCAGCAAACCUCGAUGCCGAUGACCCUCUUACUGAUGAGGAUGAUGAGGAUGAUGACCUGGAAGACAGUGAUGAUGAUGACACUGCAGCUCUUCUGGCUGAACUGGAAAAAAUAAAGAAGGAGCGAGCUGAGGAACAGGCUCGGAAGGAGCAAGAGCAAAAGGCUGAAGAAGAAAGGAUUCGGAUGGAGAACAUCCUGAGUGGGAACCCACUGCUGAACCUCACCGGCCCAGCACAGCCCCAAGCAAACUUCAAAGUGAAAAGGAGAUGGGACGAUGAUGUGGUCUUCAAGAACUGUGCCAAGGGCAUAGAUGAAACGAAGAAGGACAAGAGAUUUGUGAAUGACACUCUGCGAUCAGAGUUUCACAAAAAAUUCAUGGAGAAAUACAUCAAGUAGUACAGUUUUAUGUGCUGUGGUGCUGAAGGACUCGGCAGGUUGUUCCCCCACUCUCCCUCUGAAUUCAAGGCUGAAUAUUUGGUCAUAAAUUCCAAAAUGCUCUAUCAAAAUUGUCAACAGCUUCAUAAAUAAGAACUGCUAUGUAUGGAGUUUUAUUCCUUCAGUAUGCUUUCCUUUUUGGUUUUAAUUAAACCAGUUUGUGUUUCA